AUGUCGGAUCGAAAUGGCGAGGUGAUGGUUUUAAGUGUGCCUGAGCAAGUUACUUCCCCCACUCUACCGGGACCAGCAGGCGAGUCUGGUUCUCUCACUUCUUUGCAGAGCGGCUUGAGUCGAGAAGCGUUCUAUGAAAAUGACGACAACGAGCUAAAGCGCGAGUCGGCUAUCGAGGAAUUUCAAGCCGCCCUUGAUAGCAAAACUUCGCUGCUAUCUAAAAGCUACGCGUUGCAGAAUAAGCUAUCCGAAUACUUCAAGCGAAAGCGAGGAUCUGGCGGUCUAAUCCAAGUCGAAUCAGUCGAAGAGAUCGAGUGUCAAUACAAAACAAGCAUGGACAAGGUCGAUGAACUCACGGCAAAGCUCAAGAAAGUUGGCUCCGACUGUAAAACCGACUUGGAAAUGUUUCUCGAGCGAUGCGAGGAGAAGCGCGUCUCCGUGAACGGCGAUUACGAACGAGUCUUGAAGAAGAAACGGACCAUCAGCCAGAGCUGCAUUGUCCCGCGUUCUGGCCGCCCAGUGACCUCAAAAGACGUUGAUGAUUUCGAAGAGCAAGAGCGCAAAAAAGACGAAGAACUCGAAAAGGCCCGCCUGGAAAACAUCAAGUGCAAGACAAAGCUCGAGAAGAGCGAGCUCUUGCUCAAAGAAAAGGAACAAGUGAUUGAGGGUUUGAAUCUCAUCGACUUCGAGCAGUUGAAGAUUGAAAACCAAACUUAUCACGAGAAAAUUGACGAGCGAAACGAGGACCUUCAGAAGCUGCAUAAGAAGAUUGAGCGAACAGUGCAAAUCCUUACUCAUAUGAAGGAGAAGCUAGAAUUUGUAUCGAUUGAAAAUCAAGCGAAAAAGGACCAAUUAGACAAGGCUGAGGCGGAUCUCCAGUGCCAACGAGACGAGCUCAACCAACUCAAGCAACAACGAGAGCGCACUAGAAAUAGCGCUGCCAAACUCCAGCGAAACAUGGGUCUCUACGGCAAGGAGGCCCUCCUGUUCGACUUUGAAGAACAAAUUGACAAAACGGAGGAGAUGAAGAAGGCGGUUGCUGCGUUGAAGGCUCGCCACGCAGAAUUGAAGAAAGAAAACGCUGAUUUGAAUGGCAAGAUCGGCACGAGAUCAUCUAAUGCGACGCGCGUCAAGAGCGCAGCGACGGUCAAUACAGUCAAGUUCUAA